UUGCUUCUGCUAUCACACGCGCACGACUCCAGGCCCAACCCUUCUCUCGCGUCUGCGCGACACCGCUUUAGCUUCGCGCCUUCUCGCCCGUCUUCUUCUCCUCCUUUCUUCGGCAACGGCGACGGCGACGGCGACCGUCUUCUCUGCUCGGAAAAAGGCGACCCUCGCCGAUCACGGCCUCAUGCUUAGUAUUUAACGCUCGCGUCGAAAACCCUUCCGUUCCCUGAAUCUGAUCGUCCUCUCCUCGCCAAAAUUCUUCAUUCUUCCGGCUUCGUCCUUCUUCUUCGGUUCUUUCUUGGCUCGAGCUCAGGUCCGGAUUCCAGACUCACCUCCUGACCUCCCCUAUCUGGGUCCUCUGCAUUCCUCUCACGCCUAAUUCUCUUGAAGUUAAUUAUGGACAAUCUUGUCACAAGAAGUUGUAGAUCUAUUUUUCUUCGUUGACGAACAAGCAUUCUGCACUCUGUCGGACGCUGUCUACUGUUGCCGGCCCUGCAUAGUUGUUCUUGAGUAAGCAGUGAAGAAGAUUGACAAUGGGAAAGAAUGAGUUUCUUACACCAAAGGCAAUUGCUAAUCGCAUCAAAGCAAAGGGGCUGCAGAAGCUUCGAUGGUACUGCCAGAUGUGUCAGAAACAAUGUCGAGAUGAGAAUGGGUUCAAGUGUCACUGCAUGAGUGAAAGUCACCAGCGUCAAAUGCAAAUCUUUGGACAAAACCCUUCUCGGAUAGUUGAGGGCUACUCUGAAGAGUUUGAGAGUUCAUUUCUUGAGCACAUGAAGCGCAGCCACCGGUUCAGUCGAAUAGCAGCUACAGUAGUUUACAAUGAAUACAUUAGCGAUAGACACCACGUUCAUAUGAAUUCCACCCGAUGGCUUACACUAACUGAGUUUGUCAAGUAUUUGGGUCGGACUGGCAAGUGUAAGGUUGAAGAAACACCCAAGGGUUGGUUUAUCACAUAUAUUGAUAGAGAUUCUGAGACUCUUUUCAAAGAGAGGAUGAAGAAUAAGAGAAUAAAGUCUGACAUGGCAGAAGAAGAGAAGCAAGAGAAGGAGAUACAAAAGCAAAUAGAAAAAGCCGAGCAGUUGAUGCAGCCACCUGCUAUUGGAUCUGAUCAACCUUCACAGGCUGAGCUUCCAAGAGAGUUGAAAGUGGAAGAUGGUAUUAAGAUUGGAUUUUCUCUUGGUUCAUCGGCAAAACCUAUAACCAAGGAAAAACUGGAGGUACCAAAGGUAGUGUUCGAUGAGGUUGAGGAUGCCGAAAAGGAAGGAAGGAACCAUGGAGGCUCUUUAAAGAGGAAAGAGAGUGGUGGUGGAAAAUCAACAUUGGAUGAAUUGAUGCGAGAGGAAGAGAAGAAAAAGGAGAAGUUUAAUAGAAAAGAUUACUGGUUGUGUGAGGGAAUCGUUGUGAAGGUCAUGAGCAAAGCCUUGGCUGAUAAAGGGUAUUACAAGCAAAAAGGUGUUGUUCUAAAGGUGAUUGACAAAUAUGUUGGGGAAAUAGAAAUGCUUGAAAGCAAGCACGUGCUCAGAGUUGAUCAGGCAGAGCUUGAAACUGUGAUUCCUCAAAUUGGUGGUCUUGUCAAGAUAGUAAAUGGAGCAUAUCGCGGAUCUACAGCAAGAUUGUUAGGGGUUGAUACAGAUCACUUUUGUGCCAAGGUGCAGAUAGAGAAAGGUCCUUAUGAUGGCAGAGUCCUCAAGGCAAUUGAAUAUGAAGAUAUUUGCAAAAUAGCCCAGUGAGUAUAAUAACAAGGGAUAAAUGUGCAUUGUCUUGUAAGGAAACAUGUACUUCGCUUGAAUAUAUUCGUGACUCCUCUUUCUGAAGAGUUGAGUCAUGUAUGGAUCUGUACUUUCUAUUUUCAUCAGGAGGGUUUUCAUGACCAUUUUCACCUUUA